GGUAAAUUUCCUCUUACUACCCCACCACCACCGCCACCAGCUGCGUUGACAUCUUGCUGAUGGUCAAACAAAACAAAGAACGUAUGACAGAUUGAAGUGAGUGCCGCGACUGUAAGCUUCACGAAAACUUACUACGUUCAAUUGUUGAUCUCAUUCUUUGUAUUCAAUCCUUUAACAACGCACGAAUAAUCAAGUUUAAAGUGGUGGAAAUACUUUUUUGACAACUACGUUCUUGCGGUUCAGUAAAACAUUAUUUGACGGCAUCGAAACAAACAAAUAAUUCGCUUAGGUGUAAUAACAAUAGAACGUAAAUUACCGAACGCCUAAACAUACGUAAAUUAAAAUGUGGAAACCUUUUGAACCUGGAAGUUCUCCUGUUGAUUGGUGUGAGGGAAAUUACAGUAUAUCACCCAGCAUUGCUGAAUUUAUGAAUACGUUUAGCAAUGUGGUUUUUCUAUUACUUCCACCAGUCCUCAUGCAUCUUUUCAGAGAUUAUGGAAGAUUUGUUAAUCCAGGCAUCCAUGUAAUUUGGUUUUUGAUGAUGGUUGUUGGCCUAAGCAGUGCAUAUUUUCAUGCAACGUUGUCACUCAUAGGGCAGCUGUUGGAUGAGCUAGCAAUUCUAUGGGUAUACAUGGCAGGAUUCUGCAUGUUUUUUCCAAGAAGAUAUUUUCCUAAUAUAUUUCAAAAUAAUCGAAAAUGGUUUUCAUUGUUCAACAUUUUGCCAACACUGAUUGGCACAGGUUUAGCACUGAUACAUCCAGCUGUUAAUGCAUUUGCACUGAUGAUUCUUGGCAUUCCAGCUUUUGGGUUCAUGAUCAUUGAAUUAAAAAGGACAAGAUCUGUACGAGUUUAUCGAUUGGGUUUGAGAUGUGGAGCCAUUUGGAUCCUUGCUGUUGCUUGCUGGUUAAAUGAUCGUCUAUUUUGUGACACCUGGUUAAAUCUUAACUUUCCUUAUCUCCAUGCUUUAUGGCAUCUAUUUAUUUUUAUUGCCAGCUAUACGGCAGCGGUAUUAUUUGCCUAUUUUUCUGUGAAAGAAGAGAAACCUCAGCAAAUUCCUGUCCUUAGGUAUUGGCCGCGAGAUGACUUUGAGCUUGGCAUACCUUAUGUAACUAUCAAAAGUUACAUUAAAGGCUACAAUACAAAUAUAUAACGAGCGAUGUUAGCUGGAUAAGGUUGUGGACGUGCGAAUCAAAGUCUCUAUGCACGGUGCAUUUACACUUGUAACGUGAUUUGGUUCUAUAAUAUGUAGCAGAUCAAGGUCAUUAUAUCCAAUGUCAUUCAUAAGUUGAUAGACCUACAUUGAAAAUGUAACGUGAUUGCUUUGCAAUCAACUAAAUGACUGAAUCUCUAUAUCAUAAUAAUGAUUUAAAAGAGAAACACACUGUAGCAAAUUUCAUAAUAUUGAAAGGCUGUUCAGCAAAUUAAUCAGUUAUAAUUCAUUUUAAUUGUAAUUCAGACACAAUUACAUCUGCACUUAGACUUUCUUUAAGUAUUUCAAAUUAGACAUGGAGCAAAAUAUUGAUUUAUUUUUUCUAUAGAGAAAGUUAGAUGUCAGAAGUAGUAUAAUUUGUAAUCUUUUAAAUGGAAAUUGAUAAUAGUACGCUAGUUAUCACUUGCAUACAUGUCAUCACAAUUAUUUUUUUUAAAUAGACCUCUGACAUAUGUAUCUUAAUGAUUUGUAUUGAUCUCGCAUAUAAGUAUUACAAUGAUCUAAACCUUUUAUGAACUCCAGACUAGCCUAUUUAAGAAUUCAGUAUUUAAGAAUUUAUUGGCUUGGUUUGCUUUAAAAUGCAAAAAUCUUGUAUGCAUUUUAUUAUAAUUGAUAUAGAAAUUAUAAUUAUGUCUAUUUA